ACAUGUGGAAAAAUAAAAACUCCACAUGGAUUCUGAUAAAAUGAAGCGUAAAUAUGAUCAAUUCAAGCCAAAUCCUCAUUCGACUAGUCCAAAAGUUGGAAGAAGUCGUUCCUAUGUUGGAGACCCAAAACUUGUUUCAAGGGUUCACCAGUACCUUAAGGCAAAUCAACAGAAGAAAGUCAUCUCUGUCCCUCAGAUGGCCUCAGAUCUUCAGAGACAGUAUAAUGAGUACGGAAGGAAGAAACAGAAUGCAUUCAAGAAAUUGGUAGAAAAGGCAUAUGAGGUAGCAGUUGAAAAGAUUCAGAAGCCAGUCGGUGAUAGUGCCGUGCGACUUGAAGAUGACUAUUUGGCAAAAAAAAGAAAGACAGAUGAGGAAGGAGGCAGUGACAGUGACUCAGGCAGCCCAAGUUUCUCAUCGGACAAUGAGAAUUAUGUCGCUUUUGAGGAUAAGAAUACAGUGAACAACAUGAUGACUAAUUUAUACAACAAGGCACCGAAAAAACUGCAGCAGCAGGGUUCCCAAUCGCCCAGACCACAAGACCAACAGAAGCCAGUCUCGGCCAGGGAUGAUAGGGGAUCUAGAGGUGCAUGGGCACUAUCUGAGGGUCCAACUCGACCUCUUUUUGUGAUAGACAAAACACCGACGCCUGUUGUAGAUCUAACUGCUGAUGAAAGUGACGAGGUGAAAUCUUUGUCGAGAGGAGAAGCUGACUCGAAUAGCGAUUGUAUGAGUGGCAGAGGAACACUUGGUCAAGAUGAGAGGAGAGGGGACACGAGUAUUAGCCAAGCUGGUUGUGACAGUGGCGUGUCGAAACCUGUGAUUGGUGAAAGUGGUGCUAAUACGACGGUUCCAUCGAGUACGCUAGAGUCAAGGGAAGCUACACCGGAGCCAGCUCAAAAAAAAAAGAAAUCGACCAAAACUCCAAAGAAGAUCAGAAGAAUACGAGAAGAAGAAGAGGAUGGGAAGAAGAAAGGUCCCGAUAUACAGAAAUCUACAGUAACAUUUGCAGACAUUGGUGGAAAUGAAGACACACUAACUGAAAUAUGCAAACUUUUGGUUCAUAUGAAACAUCCUGAGGUCUAUCAGCGAUUAGGUGUGAUCCCACCGCGAGGUUUCCUCCUACAUGGUCCACCAGGAUGUGGUAAAACACUGCUAGCUCAUGCUAUAGCUGGGGAACUUGAACUGCCAUUUAUCAAAAUUGCUGCUACAGAAGUUGUGUCUGGGGUAUCGGGAGAAUCUGAAGAAAAGGUGCGAGAAUUAUUUGAGAAAGCUGCACUGUCUGCUCCGUGUAUAUUGUUUCUCGAUGAGAUAGACGCCAUUACCCCAAAGAGAGAAACGGCCUCCAAAGAUAUGGAGCGGAGGAUAGUGUCACAGCUGCUUUCGUGCAUGGACGAUCUGAGCAGUAAAACAGACUCGCAUGUGUUGGUCAUUGGUGCAACGAACCGUCCAGAUUCCUUAGAUCCUGCCCUGAGAAGGGCUGGGAGGUUCGACAGGGAGAUUUCUCUUGGAAUUCCUGAUGAGUCGGCGAGGAAAAGGAUCCUAGAAGUACUGUGCAGAGACCUCCAGCUUUCUGAUGGGUUUGACUUCUUAUACCUUGCGAGGAAUUCUCCGGGGUUUGUUGGGGCCGAUCUGAGUGCAUUGGCACGUGAUGCUGCUAUGACUGCGGUGAGCAGGGUGUUCAAUGACUUACACCAACAACAAGUUCGACAAGAGGUUGAAAAGCCUGCUGUUGAAGAUGGUGCACAAAUGGAGACGUCUGUGACUGAAGGUCAGGCUGAAGCUGAAGCAGUGGAAAGCACAUCUGAGUCAUUACCCUGUGAGAAGGAAGAGGUGAAGGAGAGCUCUCUUAAAUCAGUGCUCCAUUGGUUGAAGGACCAGCCUCCACUAACUGAUGAGCAGCUGGAGAGCCUGUCUAUCAGCAUGGACGAUUUCCAGGAAGCCCUGAAGCAUGUACAGCCGUCGGCAAAGAGAGAGGGAUUUGCCACCAUUCCUGAUGUGACGUGGGAUGAUAUUGGUGCUCUAAGUGAUGUCAGGGAGGAACUGGAAAUAUCCAUCCUUGCUCCAGUGCGCCAUCCAGAUGAGUUCAAGGCGCUUGGGUUGACCAAUCCCCCAGGUAUACUUCUGGCCGGUCCUCCUGGCUGUGGAAAGACACUUCUAGCAAAGGCUGUGGCGAAUGAGUCGGGAAUCAACUUCAUAUCAGUCAAGGGCCCGGAAUUACUCAACAUGUAUGUUGGUGAAAGUGAGAGAGCGGUGAGACAGGUCUUCCAAAGGGCCAGGAACUCCUCUCCAUGCGUCAUAUUCUUUGACGAGUUGGAUGCACUCUGUCCCAAGAGAUCACAUUCGGGUGAAAGUGGUGCUAGCGUCCGAGUGGUGAACCAGUUGUUGACGGAGAUGGAUGGCCUUGAGGCAAGGAAACAAGUAUUCAUCAUGGGAGCCACCAAUAGACCUGACAUCAUUGAUCCCGCUGUGAUGAGGCCUGGCCGUCUCGAUAAGAUCCUCUAUGUAGGCCUGCCAAAUGCUGUUGAUAGAGUAGCUAUACUCAGAACCAUUACUAAGAAUCGAACGAAGCCUAGCUUGUGCGAUGAUGUUGACCUGGAGCAGAUUGGAAAUGAUGAAAGAUGUCAAGGACUUACUGGUGCAGACUUGGCUGCUUUGGUUCGUGAAGCAUCGGUCACUGCCCUGAAGGAGUUCCUAGGAGGCGAGGCCAAGUCGAUUGGGAAACCGGUGCAAGUCACUAAACAUCACUUUGAUGUUGCCUUCAGUAAAGUCAAGCCGUCAGUCUCAGAAAAGGACCAGUUGAUCUAUAAAAGUAUGAAAGAAAGAAUGUCCAACAGAUGAUCUUCAAAUGAGUAGCUGCUGUCUCAAGUAUCGCGAUUUCAUAUUUUUUGUAUAAAAAAUCU